AUGAUCAAAGGAGAAUAUUAUUACAUGGAAACCGUGCAUAAGCAUCUAUUUGGUAAAGAUGUUCUUAAAGUCGCAGUGCUAAUAGAAAAUGGGCAGUUUAUUGGACCCAUUGGAGAGCGAUUCCUUUAUUUUUAUUACAAAUCUUCAAAAGAAAGUAAGUGUAGGUUAAGGGAUAUAUGAAAGCCAGGAGGCGCAAAUUGACUGCACGUAUUAGGGGGGGGGGGCGAGUUCCUGCCCGACAAAUUAAGGUGUGGUCACCAAACAAUCUGCGAUGAAAUUCGUGAACUUUUCUAUCUUUACCUCAGAUGACUUCAACCACUUUGCCUGACAUACAGCCCAACAUGAGGAAAAAAUUUGCCCGAGUAUAAUACCAUUUUUGAUUCACGGAUAUCUGUGAGUCUUUGUGGUUACUUGAGCGUGGGGCAGUUAAACAACGGGAACUGACGAGCUUGCUUUGCGCGCACUGUUUGCCUGCGCAUCGGGCCUUUCAGAACCGGAAAUCGGGCUGGAGCACGCGUACGUUGUUUUUAUUUGGCAUAAGUAGCACGACAAAUGGCAAAAUUCGCAUGGUGCCCAUUUGCAAAAACAACUGCUCUAAUUCUUUCUGUCACUUUCACUUGAUUUCAUCUGUGAGUCUCUGAUCUUUAUUAAACCUUGGGUGGAUGUCACACCCACCUCGCCACACACCCCUGAAAAGAACAAGGAGAACUUCGACGUUUCGUGCGUAGGCCCUUUGUCGGGAAGCUAGUAGAACGUCGAAGUUCUCCUUGUGUUUCUCAGGAAGUUGUAUUCAUCCCGAAGCUUUCUCCGUUUAAGCGAUAUAUGGCAAUAAUAAUUUAAUUUGUCUCAUUUGAAAGAACUUUCAAAAUUACGUACAAAACGUUUUUACAGCUUCUUCAAAUUUUGCUUAGUUCUCGAAAUAUUUUCACGACAAUCAUCAUAAAUCAGCGAGCUGUCCGCCAUCUUGGAUUAUUGUGGAUAUAUUUAUUACUGGCAUUUCUUUGAGUAUAUGCAUUUGUAAAGAAGACUAUAUAUGUUGGCAUCUCUGAUUUUGACUUUACAUCCGAAAGUUUGAGAAUUUUAAAAUGUUGCCUAUGGACCUUUAACCUUAUAACAAAAAUUUUGAUCUAGACAAGUCUAGACAAAAAUUUCAUCACAGCUUGAAAGGGCAUCACAAAAUUAGUAAUAUUCCGAAGUUUCGUUGCGAAAUGUUGUAAAAUGCAGAUAAUAUAGCCUUGCGAAGUUCGCAAUUUUCAGUCAUUUUAGAUUACAAACGGGAAAUUGAUACCCAAAUCUGUGUUUGGGUAUCAAUUUCCCGUUUGUAAUCUAAAAUGACUGAAAAUUGCAAACUUCGCAAGGCUAUAUUAUCCGCAUUUUACAACAUUUCACAACGAAACUUUGGAAUAUUACUAAUUUUGUGAUGCUCUUUCAAGCUGUGAUGAAAUUUUUGUCUAAAUCAAAAUUUUAGUUAUAAGGUUAAAGGUCCAUUAAAGUACAAUGUUAACAAAAAUGCUAAAUUUCAAGUUUACUUUUCACAAAAAUAAACUAUACCAUUAGAAGGGUCGCACAAAAGUAUAUAUAAAACAUGAAAGCGAGUAGUGCGAAUUCUAAGUCGGUUUUGAGUUAGGGGAGCUCAAAGUUGGCAAAAUAGUAACUUUUCGCAUAAUUAAAAUAGUACAUUUUCGUCAUUUUUGAAGGUUAAACAUUCGUUUGAACACAAGCGCGCCGAAACAUAUUUAAUGGUGUGCACACCUUUAUUUGUAGAAGGUAAAACGACAGACCCGUUAGACGCAGGUGUAGCGGCCGGUAUCAAAGCUGGACAGGACGUACUCGAGAAAGCGAAGAAGAAAGCGGCAGAGGAGGCAAAAAAGGCGGCAGAAAAAGCGGUUGAAGAAACAUUAAAGAUUACUGAACUACCGACAGGAAAUGGCAAGAAGCCGAAGACAAGAUAUAUCGAAGAGGUCAAUAUUACUGAAGUGGUUGAAAAAAUGAAUCUAACCGCACACGCUACGUUGAUGAAUGGCUGGUCUGCUGCUGGUAUGUGUCAUGUGUCGUUGUGACAUGCAGUACCCAGUAAAAUUAAUUUAACUGGAACGCUAUCUUCAACCGGAAAUUUGAAAUCAAACUUGCCAGUCCCUGUCUUUUCACGCAUGCGAAGAGCUCGGUCAAUCCGUGAACAAGAAUAUGUAUUCAUGAAAACCAAUUUAAAACGCUGAAAACAACUUUCUAUUAAUGCAUUUAUUUAGCUAAAAUUUUCGAGUUUAUUAUAGUACUUUUAUUUUUGUUCUUUUUAAAAUACAUCCUCGCUCCCUGAACCGGUCUCGCGAGAGAAUCGCGAGGCAUAAACACGCGGGUAUUUGGUCUCGCGAGAGAAUCGCGUGGCAUAAACAUGCGGGUCUUCGGUAUCGCGAGAGAAUCACGAGGCAUAAACACGCGUGUAAGAUUUGGCUCAAGAAAAAGAUAGGCAUUUUAUCUGAAGAUAGUGUUCCAGUUAUAUUCACUUCACUGGCAGUACCAUAAUGCCCAUAAGCUUUACCAGAUUACUCAAUUUCUGCUAGCAGAUAACUGAAUUUUCUGUAGGUUGCGUGAUUGCGCGAUUUAACUGUAAGAUCUUAGCCAAUCAAAUUGCUUUUACCAAUAAUAAUAGCUUUUAUAGCUAUAAUUAGCUUACAGUAAUGUUGUUUUCCCAAACCGGUUUGACAUAUUUUUACAAAUGGCCAAUCACAUGCGAGAUUCAAAUUCUGAACCUAAUCAAGUGUGGAAGAGGGAUUUGCAAUUGAUGUGACCGGAGGCUCUUCCUUCGCCUCUCGUUUCUUUCGCCUCGCAAAGAGCCUCUGGAACCAGAGUAUUUUCACGAUGGGAAAGAUGAGUACAUGAUGACGUGUUCUGAAAAUUAGUAAGGCGAACUGCCGACUUAUUUCGAGAUACGUCGGCAAAGUUUUUUUAUAAUAACCAUGGUUUAUUAUCAGUAUUUCCAUAAAAUGGCUCUUCACCUGAUAAUACUGCAAAAUCGACCAUUGCAAAUAGAAUUUUUUGUAAAACUCUACUAGAUAGUAACACAGAUCUAUGAUCUGUGUAUGAUUUGAUAUCGGCUGGUAGCAGGGCCGCAGAGAGGGGGGGGGGGGGAAUUGCCCCGUCCCCCACCUUAAUAGGGCCUCACGCUGUCUCAGACCGACACUUCAAUAAGGCCACUACAAGUUAAUCUUUAGUUUCUGGUCCGACCAGGCGGCCUUACCUUCGUUUACGACGCGGGCGGGCGGGUGGUUAGGACUAUAGGACAUAAUUACAAUUGUGGCUUUGCCCACAUUUUUGUGGUCUUUCUUGUCCCAUUUCAUGCUAAUUGUAUCAAAAUGUUAUGAAAUUUUACAUAAAUUGCAUAAUAUAGAUAUAUUAUUUAUAAAUCGACAUGUACGACAGAUUACAAAGGAUUUUACAUAUCAAAAUGAUCUAUUAAUAUUUCUAGUUUAAUUUUUUACCUCGUAAUAUCGAUAAAGCAGCGGUUUUUAUCAUUCAACAAUACAUUUUGCUAGAUCUUUUUGGUAUAAAUUGAAUAUUUAUCGUUCUAUAAGUUAAAUCCUUCGCACAAAUUUUCAAGAACUAGAAAUUAAUUGUACAUAACAAAAUAGUCCUGAAAUAAUACUUUGCGGAGAAAGGACUAAAGAUUAACUUGUAGUGGCCUAACAAACUAUUUUGCAUAAGCACUUACACCCGUUUUCAAAAUUACCCCCCCACCACCACCACCUUUUUAGGGGUCAAAAAAUUUUUCCGGACAAACCAAAAUUUUCCCUGAAAUCAAAACUUUUUCAGCAAUUCUUAAAUUUUCGCCAUUUCUUCAAAAUAUUUUUCUAAAUUCCAAAAAUUUUCCAAAAUGUUUAUAAAUAUAAACUAUAAAUUACCUGAAUCUCAUUGGAAAUGUGAUUUAUCACGUAGUAUUUUACAACUAAAAGGGCACUUCUUCCCCCCCCCCCUAGCAAAAGGCAAGGGGGGCAGCCCCCCCCCUGCCCCCCCAGUUCCGGCAUCCCUGGUUAUUUUUCAAACUUUAAAAGUUAUUCACGGCACAUAUUUCUGUUGUGAUGGUUUGUAUUGUGCUUUAGUUUGUAUAUCUAAGUUAGCUAACUCAUUUUUGUCCAGUUUUGGUAUUAAAUACGGUUUAAAAUGUCUAUUGACAGUUUGUUUACGUUUGCUAUUUUUAGCUGUUUUUGUGACAUAAAACUGACAUUUGAAGUAAGAGUAUUUUUCAGGGAGAUCGCGUAAUUUUGAAAACGAGUGUAAGUAUAAAUAUGAGAUUUUAACUUCAACAGGUCACAGAGGUGCAAUUCGUCUGUACUCAAUGAAGCCCCACAAAGACUACAGGAACAACCUCGCAAUAACAGUACAUGGAAAUCAAAUAGUUCUGGGCGAGACUGCUUCAUGUUGGCUCCCGCACACACCUGGAAAUUUGCCAAAUAAUUCGACUUACAACGAAAGCAAAACAGUUUCAUUUGAACUUGUGAACAGCGAUGGAUAUUACUUGAUGCAAAGGGAUGACAAGUUUGUGGUGGAGAAAUACAACGGCAGUUCUGACUUUGGUAAGUUUUAGAACAGUUUAGGUUCAAGGACGACGCUAGCCCUAUUUUAAUGGGAGGUGUAAGUGAAAUUUUGCCGACUCAUUUCCACUCGUGUAUAUUAAAACAGUUUUCGUUCUAAAAUUGCGGUUUGAAAAUUUUCCGGACAUUAUAUUUAUCAUUUUCUUUUCCUUAAUUAAAUGUUCCCAAAUUUCAGGUAUAAUUAUUAGUUUUUGAUCAGUUUUACUAAAAUAUUUUAGUUUUUUCACUCUUCCAAUCCAAUUCAUGUUUUGCCGACUGGGAAAACAGUUUGCCGACUGGGAUACAAUAAUUUGCCGACUACCUAACGACUGGGGAGGGGGGUGUUGCACUCCUUUUACUCUGUCCCCACCCCUUUUACUCUGUUCCAAGGAAAAUAAUUAUUUGCAGGCUUGUGAUAGAGUUAUUCUUUAAAAUUUAAGCCACUUUAGUUUAGGUUUCCUACUACAGGCUGUCCCAAAAAAAAGUGACACUAUAGAAAUUAUCUCAUUGUUCUUAAGCCGCUCUUAAACGCGCGUGAUUACACGCCUGGGAAUUUAAUGAACUUUUAUUUACAUUUAAGUAUUUUAAAACGUUUUCGCUUUGUCAAGCAAAACGAUUACACUAAUAAACGGUUUGCUUUUUUAUUUUAAAUUCCAGAAGCAGACGUUUAUGCACCUGUGGGAUCAACUUAGUGCUAGGGCAUUCAAAUUAUUACAAUAGGAUAAUUUCUAUAGUGUCACUUUUUUUUCGGACACCCUGUAUAUUAACAGUGGAUCAAUAAGGUAUGGCCCCCUUACUAUAAACUUCUGGGAAUAGUUGAGAAAUUAUGAAUAAUAUUUAAUGAAGUUGAGACAAAGGAUUGUCACGGUGAGAUACAGUUCAACAUCAAACAAAGGUUUUCUAUUUUGUGCCUUUGAAGUUUGCUGGGCUUCCAGAUCAUCAUAUCUUGACAAACUAUGGUCUAAUUUCGAUUAAGGCCUGUUUAAACGGAUGCAACAUUGUCCAACAUUGUUGGACCAACAAUGUUGGACGAUUGUUGGUCAACGUAUUCAAACGUAUGCUACAAUCCAACAACUUUUAGCAGUCAAUUAGUACAAAAUUCUGUUUGGAAAUAAUUAUGCAAAGAACAGUAUGACCUGUGUGUUGAUUGGACAGUAUUUACUGUAUAUUAAUUAAAUACGCAUAGAUUUUCAAAUUUCAAUGUUAUCGUUUUCAUGUUUUCAAGAUGGCUACUCUUGCUUACAUUCUGUAUAUGUUAAAAUUAUUGUCAGUAUUAGACUUUUACCUCAAUCGUUAGUAUGAAUAAGGGAAUUUUUUUAAAACUAUAUCACGUAAGUUUGUGUUGUCAAAUUUAAAUAAUGAAAAUAUCAAUGGAAACGAUGACGUUGUACUGGUUUUUCGCCAAAUGUUGGAUGAUGUUGGAUGAAAAGUUUGAACAAAAUCAAACUUGAUCCAACAUCAUCCAACAUAAUGCAACAAUAUCCAACAUGGUGUUCAAACGGACCCAACAUGUUGGACACAACAAUGUUGGGUGAUGUUGGUACAACAUAUUGCAUCCGUUUAAACAGGCCUUUAGUUAGAUUUUUGUAGUCUGUGUCACAAUAGUAAGGUCUGUGACACACGUUAGUUUUUGUCACUUUACUAGUUGUUAACUGCAGUCUUUUUCAAAACCAGGAUACGAGUCAAGUUUUACCGAACGUCACAGAGUCAGCGCUCCAGGGACCUCAUUUUUCACGCUGUCAGCCGCUCGUCACUGGGCGCGGGCCUUCUGUAUUGGCGGCUUGAUCGGACGCCGUCGUUACGAAAUGAGAUUGUUACAUGAUGAUGAAAGUGUCAAUUAUAUACGAAACUGUUCUUUUUAUGUCGAACCUGUCGAUAAUUGUACGCAGCCUAAAUAUGUCCCAAUCAUGGAAAAGCCAAAGAACAUAACGAAGACGCCCACUGGUAAUUAAUAAUAUAUCAUGGCUAAUAAUAUAUAUAAACAAAUUUCUCAAUUCUGAUUGGCUAAGAGCAGUGAAAUUUCGAGGAAAUAUAGUGCAGAGAAAAGGAUAAUGUCCUGAGAUUUUUUGCACCUCCCUUGAAAAGUCGUGUACCUUAUCUUAGACAUGCAUCUCUUCUUGGAAAGGUUAAAUGAUAGAUCAAAGUGAAAUAGUUUGACAAUUUUUUAAGUGUUACUUAGGGUCUACAUUUUGUAAGAAGUGAUAGCUUCUCCGUGUAAAACACCCUUUUAAUGCAAUGUUUCGAAAGAAACUUUGUAGUAAUGUAAUGUAAACGGCAAAAUUGGAUGAGUCAUACAGUCAUAUUUCAUAAAUACGUUGAUACAUAUAUACAGUACAUGCAUACGUCACGUCGUUGACUUUAGGGGUGGGAUACAUUAUUAUCCCAAACAUCCCAUUGGCACUGUGAGUUAGACCGCUGCACCUUUUCCUAAAUGUUUUUCGCCUCCCUUAAACUUUUCCCACCUCCCCCACCCUACCAUUUCCACCCAGAACAGAACAGCACAGAACAGAACAGAACAGAACAGAACAGAACAGAACAGAACAGAACAGAACAGAGCAGAACAGAACAGCACAGCACAACACAGCACAGCACAGAACAGCACAGCACAGAACAACAGAAAAGACAGUCGACAUUUGCAACAGUUUAACUGAAUGUUUUAACACUAUAUAUUGUUUUCAGACACAUGUAUAUCGCUGUUAUUUCUGAACAACGCAGACACAGUAGUCCUUGUCAAAAGUUCAGUGAAGCCAACACCUUACAGAAUCACAGAGCCUCGUUUUGAUCUAACCAUGAAAUUCCAGGGAAAGGAGUUCACGCCAGUCACGUUCAAUGCCUCAGAUCCAGAGUUUACUCAGAGAAAAUGCUUUCUCAAUGGAAAGAAGUAUUUUACAAUCUCGCCACAAAUAUUUUGUAACAACACGGUGAAUGUUGAGAUAGCUUGUGCUUAUCAAGGUAUGAAAUUAUUGCAUUAGGAUAGCUCUAUCAGUUCUGUUUUGAAACUGUAUUUCCUAGGGGUUCAGUUUAUCUCGUCUAAAAAUCUUUUCUUUCAUCAAAACAAUGGUUUGAAAUGAUAAAAACGUGUGUUAAAAACUCUUUAUUAUAGUGUGGUUAAAUGCAAAGGGUGCGACCACAGGCCCAUUUUUUUUCAAAAUUUAAACUUUCUUGAAACUAUUCCUAACAUUAUGAGUAUGCUCAAAUACUUUUUCUGUCAUCAAAACAAUGAGUUUGAAUUGAUUAAAGAAGUGUUUUGAUGAAUAUGAAAAUUUUGGUCAAAUGCAAACGAGGUACUGGGUUUUGACUAAACAAUGAGUUUUAAAAAUGACAUCAGUUUAUAUUAAGAAGAAUUUAGUCAAACUUAGUCAGGCCUGUUUCAAACGUCGCGCUUCUCAUGUGCCGAAGGCAUUAAAAACAAUAGAUAAUCAGCUGAAAUGCCUUAUAUAUAAUAUAUUUUUAAUUUUUUUAUUGCCUGUAGAAGUCUUUUUUAAAUUUUUUUAAAUAAAAAAUUAUAUUCAUAUAUAUAUAUAUAUAUAUAUAUAUAUAUAUAUAUAUAUAUAUAUAUAUAUAUAUAUAUAUAUAUAUAUAUAUAUAUAUAUAAUAUAUAUAUAUAUAUAUAUAUAAUAUAUAUAUAUAAUAUAUAUAUAUAUAUAUGUAUAUAUAUAUAUGUAUAUAUAAUAUAUGUAUAUAUAUAUAUAUAUAUAUAUAUAUUAGUGUGUAUUAUGUAAUUUCCAUACCCAGCUGCGGCUGGGUCUUGAACCCGCGACCUUCGAAUUACUAGAUCGACGCUCUACCAACUGAGUACACGGUCAGAUGGAUUUAAGACUGGAAAUUAUGAAAUAUAUACUGAAUGUCACAAACAUACUCGUUUAUAUUAAUUCAGCAUCGAACAAUACUAGUUCUGCAAGUGUUAUGUUAUUUGUGUUAGGUCGCGGGUUCAAGACCCAGCCGCGGCAGACAACAUCUUCUGCUUGCGCUGGGUAUGGAAAUUAUAUAAUACACACUCUAGAACAUUUUCAUCUUAACAUAUGACGGAGUGUACAAUUAUAUAUAUAUAUAUAUAUAUAUAUAUAUAUAUAUAUAUAUAUAUAUAUAUAUAUAUAUAUAUAUAUAUAUAUAUAUAUAUAUAUAUGCUUAAGAUUUUGGUUUACGAAACACAAACAGUGCUCAAUACCAUAUAGAUAGAGCGUAAUAUAGUUUUUCGUUUUACCUCAAAAAACCACAACAGUCUUUUCAUCCGUAUAGGAAUCAUCAGGUGGUCCAUAUAUGAUAUUAUAUAAUUAAAAUUGUAUAUAUUAUAUAUAUAUAUAUAUAUAUAUAUAUAUAUAUAUAUAUAUAUAUAUAUAUAUAUAUAUAUAUAUAUAUAUUGUUUCUAAUGCGUUCGGUACAUGAGAAGCACGACAUUUGAAACAGGCCUCAUGAGUCUUAAGUGAUAAAAACAUGAAAGUGUUGUUUAGAGAGAGCAAAUAAAGCUAUCCAUUAGAAAUGCAGUCAAGGCUACCUGAACAACAAAUUGAUUUUGAAAAUUAUUUCUUAGCGAUAACAACAACACCGGCACCGACACCAACGCAGCCUCCAACUCAACCCACAGCGCCACCUAAGAAAAUGAGGAUACUCUGCCCUGGACGCCCAGGUCCUUCUGGCCCACCAGGACCGCCAGGCAUGAUGGGACGGAUAGGCAUCCGAGGACCGCCAGGGAUAGCUGGAGCUCCGGGUGCGCCGGGUUCUCCUGGAAAGCCUGGAUCGAUUAGGAUAAUCAGGCCGAGUGGGAAAACUCCACAUAGAGCACCCAAAGAGAAAGAAACAGUAUCACAUCAAAUAUCCAUAACUCUCCCUAAUAUGGUGUCAGUAUGUUCCUGCAAAGACCCCAGGUGUACUAGGCCAAUAUGCAGAGACAAAGAAGUAAAACCAGACAAAUACUUAAAACCUGUUUUAAAUAAAGAUGAACGUUUUUUGUACAAUGCUAAACCGGUUUCAGAGAAACAUAAACCUGUUUUGGACAAAGAUAUUAAUCCUGUUUUUGACCCAUUAAACAUAAACGACAACCCGAAAGAAGCAACAAUUCUCACACAAAGGUCGGACAUACCAAAAAUGUCAAAUAGACUGUCAAAGAGCCACCAAACGUCAGGUGAAACGCGCACAGAUGAAUUUGAAGAUUCUUCACCGUUCAGACUUCUCACAAUGCCCAUAUGUACGAGCUAUGGUCCUCCCGGACCCCCUGGCCCCCCUGGAACCCCCGGUGUACUUGGACAACAGGGACCUCAGGGGCCUGCAGGACCUCCGGGACAUCCAGGUUCCCCUGGGCCGCCAGGAUCCCCUGGUGUACAACAGGUAAUCCCAAGUGUAUCUCAAGGUGAAAUCAAAACAGACUCAGGGCCUUGUUUUAGUUCAGGUCAUUUGAACCCAUGUAAACUUCCAAAUAUUAUAAUAGUACAUGACCCACCACCACAACCUCAUAUUAUCCUCCAUUCACCCCCAGUACCCCCACCAAUUAUCCAUCGUUUACCCUCACCACCACCCACAUGUCCCUCAACAUGCACUCAAACAUGUACUCCCAGUUGCCCUACAUAUUGUUGCUCAAAUUGGCCCCCAUAUCAAGAAUAUUCAAACGACCAGAAAUGCUGGUGUCACAAUGCCUGCACACGACAAGUGAAACGAAAUUGUAGGAGAGUAUGUACUUGUGAAAAUACUGAAAUUGUAAAAUAGUGAAUUUUAAAAAGUUUUGUAUCAACUACAGUUAUGUCUCUAGUAUUAUAAUUUUAACAGC